AUGGCACCGCCAGAACUUGAGGAGUUAAAGAAGCAACUCAAGGAUUUGCUAGAUGCUGGGUUCAUCCGUCCAUCGAAGACACCUUAUGGCGCACCAGUCUUGUUCCAAAAGAAGCAUGAUUGUUCGUUGAGACUAUGCAUCGAAUAUCGAGCACUUAACAAGGGAUACUCCGCCAAGGCUACACCAUUAACUGAUCUUCUCAAGAAAAAUCACUCUUGGGAAUGGUCAAAGGAGUGUCAAAAGGCUUUUGAUGAGUUGAAGGCUGCUAUCACAGAAGGACCAGUACUAGCACUACCCGACUACUCAAAGGUGUUUGAAGUCCACACUAAUGCUUCUGACUACGCUAUUGGAGGAGUUUUGAUGCAAGAAGGACAUCCUAUUGCCUUUGAGAGUCGCAAGUUGAAUGAUACAGAGAGGCGAUACACUGUCCAAGAGAAAGAGAUGACCGCAAUGGUACAUUGUCUGAGAACUUGGCGUCACUACUUGCUUAGUUCACACUUCAUCGUCAAGACAGACAAUGUGGCUACAAGCUACUUCCAAACUCAAAAGAAUUUAAGCCCCAAACAAGCUAGGUGGCAAGAUUUCUUAGCUGAGUUUGAUUUCGAAUUUGAAUACAAGGCUGGCAAGACAAAUGUGGUAGCAGAUGCGCUGAGCCGCAAGGCUGAGUUGGUAGGCAUUUCCAUGGUCGAAGGAGAUAUUGUGCAUACCAUCAAGAAAGGGUUGCAUCAUGAUCCAUUAGCCAAGAAGUUGGUGGAGUUGGCUAGAGAAGAGGAAGCAACACGACUAUUCUUCAAGAAUGUGGUGAAGUACUGGGGAUUGCCUAAGAGCCUCAUUAGUGAUCGAGAUCCACGCUUCACAGGACGACUAUGGAUAGAGAUGUUCAAACUCCUUGGCGCUAAUGAGAAGGACUGGACAAAAAUUCUCGACAUUGCUCAGUUCUCAUACAAUUUGCAAAGGAGCGAGUCCACGGAGAAGAGUCCAUUCGAGAUUGUGAUUGGACAACAGCCACUUACACCUCACUCUCUUUCUUCCUCUUACUCAGGGAAGAGCCCUGGAGCUUAUCAUAUGAUUAAGUCUUGGGAAGAACAAGCAGAUGUCACUCGUUCUUACCUUGACAAAGCUGAAAAGAGGAUGAAGAAAUGGGUUCAUAAGGGCUUAAUCCGCAAAUACGAAGGGCCAUUUGAGAUCAUUGGACGUGUUGGGGAGGUUGCUUACAAAGUACAACUCCCUCCCUCUAUGAAGAUCCACCCGGUCUUCCAUGUGUCCUUCCUUGCUGCAGUAGUAACAGAUAUUUGGGCUAAACCGGCAAGGCCUAUCGCCAUGAUCUUUUCCACACUUUGGGCAGAUGAGGCCAUCCCGAUUUUGGUGAGGUUGUUCUCCUUGUUCAUGCCCCAAGUCAUGAUUAUUGUUGCUGCCAUUGAAAUGAGCAGAAAAGUCAUCGCCUUGUUGGUUCCAGUGCUGUUGCUGACCGUUAGCUUUGAAGUCCUUACCUUGAGGAGAUAA